AUGGGAGUGUGUGUAUGUGUGUGAGAAGUAAGAGAGUGUGUUUGGUGGGGUGGUGGUGACAUUGAUGAUGAUCCAACAUGGACAAACAAACUUGCAGAUGAACAACAAUGCAAGCUUUUGUUCAAAGCUUUCUCUUUCUCUUUCAUGAUGUUGUCAUCUGUUUAUUUUUUCAGUGUGUUUUUCUGUAUCAUGAAUUUAUUCCAAUGGUCCCACCACCACAAUCAUAGGUGUUGUUGUUAACUUUCCUCUUCACAAUCCCAAUUUCCCAUUUCCACAUGCUAAUUUCUUGAUAAAAGAUCCAUACUUUGUGUCUUCUUCACCACCAUUAACAAAAAAAAAAAAAAACCCUAAAUUUUGCCUCUUUUGGUCAAUGGUCAGUCCACAUUGUAACAGGUCUGCUUAUGGUAGAAUCUUGACUGUAUGAAUAGAGAUCUUCAUCAAGAUCUUUAGGUAUUGCUAAAAAGUUUCAAUUUUUAUUUGGGAUUCUUGGUUUUGUAACCACCCUAUUGUCAAUUUCUCUUAUUCUUCUUCAUUGCAACCACCCCAUUUUUUUUUUUUUUUUUAUUUCUCACUUUUUUUACAGUUCUUUACACCUAAUUCUUAAGUGGGUUAAUGUUUAUUUCAUCUGGGGUCUCUCUUUUUGAUUGAUUAAACAAACCCUUUUCACAUUUUUGUUUUCUAAUCUUUGUAUUAUGACAUUAUCUUCAUAAUAGUUGGGUUGUUAAUUCUUGAGAUAAUUUGAGGUAACAUUCAAUAAAGUUAGGGUUUUUUUUUUUUUUUUUUUUUUUUUUUUUUUUUUUAUUAAGAAUUUGAUAUAAAUCUUGAAUGCCUGAUCUUUAUCAAGGUCCUUUAGUUUGGUCAAAAGUCAAAACCCUUGAAGAUUUGUCAUUUAGGGUUUAUAGAUCUUAGAAGGGAUAGUUUUUGUCUGUUAAGGUGUUGUUGAUCAUGUUCUUCAAGUAACAAGAUCCCUCACAUUGGUUCAAUGUUUAUCAAAUCUAAGAAUUCGAAUUCGGACCGUCUUGAUCUUGCUGAAGAACAGCUUGUUUUGCUGUAGUUGGUAUCUUCAAAAGGUGCUAAAUUGAGGCUUAUCAUCUUAUUUGUUCAAGAAGAGAUAAAAAUCAAGGAUUUUGUUUAACGAUCUCCAUUGCAUUAUGGCAAAAAGAUCACAUCAACGCCCUUCUCGACAGAAGAAAGACACAUCGGGUUGUAUGUGGGGAAUAAUUAGUAUGUUUGACUUUCGACAUGGUCGGACCCCAAGAAGGCUGCUUUCAGAUCGUAGAAGAUACACCGACAACAAUUCUUACGGUCCUCCAUAUCCUGCAUCCGAAGCGAGUUUUCCCACAUAUUCUCAGGAGAUGCAUUCAAGCAUUAAGGAUGUCGAAAAAACAAAAAAGACAAAAGUUGAUCUUACGAGGAUGAGGGUAAAGGAAGUUACCGAAGAAAAGAUGUUCUUUGACCUGGAUCCGAAAUCCAUAAGGAAAAAUCAUGAACGCGUGAAUAAAUCCAAAACGUUACAAAAAUCUUUUGACGAGGAAACGUCGAUUAGUCAUCAAGCUCAGAAAACGUCACAGUAUCAUGAUCUUGAAGCUCUUGUGAGAGAAAUCUUACUGAUUUAUCGAAAAAGGAAUGAACAGAAUGGUGAUCAUGGUACAUGGGCAAAACGGUCUUUUCCGAUAGUUGAAGAAAAGCUUAUUGCAGCCGUUGAGGCGUUGCUGAACGAGAAAUCAAGAAACGGAGACCACAAGAAGUUUCACCAUUCAAAAGAGAUGUUUAAGAUGUUGAGUUCGAAUAAAGAAAUGUUCUUGAAAAUCCUUCAUGAUCAAAACUUGAUUUUGUUAAACGAAGACCAGAAGUCAAGGUCAAGGUCAAAGGUUCAAGGGCCGGAGGAACCGGAACCCCUGACCCGUAAACAUCAAAAGAUCUUUAGAAGAAAGAGCAAGUCCCAAGAAUGUAUACAGUUGUACGAAAAGGAUAGAAUCGUCGUUUUGAAGCCCGGAUGUUCCGAAAAUCAAGUUUCGACGGGGAAUGAAACCGACAACGAUGAAAAUGGUUCACAGUUUUCGUUUACGAAAGUCAAAAGACGGUUAAAACACGCUAUGGAAAACGAGCAAGCAACACCGGGACCCACUGAACGAGCGGGAAAAACGGUUGACAGUGGAUGGAGUUCCCCAAAUCGAGAUCAUUUCUACAUUGAAAGAUUUACAAAGGUUAACAACGGGUUUAAAACAGGAGAUAGAUUUUCAAACUCACGUGCAGAUAAUCGGAUAUCAAACAUUUAUGUCGAGGCUAAGAAACAUUUAUCGGAAAUGCUCACAAGUGGCGAUGAAGAUGCUGAGUCAAUGAAGAGAAGCCUCCCGGCCCGCUCGAAAAGUCUUGGGAGGAUUUUGUCUCUUCGAGAGUACAACUCUCUUUCUCCGCUUAAUAGUCCUCGAGGUCAAACGAGACCUAUGGUCAACACAAGUCAACUGAUUGUGCCUAUUGAAAACCCCGAAGGGAAAAUUGCAGUUCUGGAUAAUGUGACUUGUGAAGGCGAUCAGGAGAUUGUGAAUUUGCCUUCAUGUGAUAAAGAACACAAAAAGCAACCGGAAUUGUGUGAACCCCGUGACUCUGUAACUGAAGAAGAUCAACCUUCUGAGAGCUUAGAACCGGAUUUACCCGAAAAGAAUGAGUUAUCUUCUUCUCAAAACCCUAACGAGCAUUCACUUGCAAGCAAGACCGAAGAUUUCAAGACCAGUCCCGAAAAACCUAGUCCUGUAUCUGUUCUCGAGCCGUUGUUUUCAGAUGACGACGUUACCCCUGCAAAGCCCGUCUCUCUACCUGUCGAAGCUGCGGUUCAGCCACGAUGCAUCGAAUUCGACGAGUUUGUUUCCGGUGUUGAAGAUCAACAAAUACGAAUCACAGACUCGGGGGAUAAUGAGGAAACCGCAUUCGAGUAUGUUGAAGCCGUGCUGCUUUCUUCCGACUUAAACUGGUCCGUAUUCGAAAACCGGUGGAUUUCAUCCGUUCAAAUCCUCGACUCGUCUUUAUUCGAUGAAGUAGAAACUUUUUCGAGCCAGGCCAAAUACGACCAAAAGCUUCUCUUUGACUCAACUAAUGAAGCUCUCGAAGACGUAUGCAAUCGUUUCAUUCCCGAAUCGCCGUUUAUCAAACAAAAUUAUUGGCCCGUUCCUAAAGGAAUGGACUUGAUAAACGAGGUGUGGUCGAGACUCGAGUCACGUCUUUGUAAGCUUUACCCUCGAGAUUUGAACACGCUCGUAAGCAACGAAUUGGAAACUAAUAGAAUGUGGUUGGAUCUUCAAAGCGGGUCACGUGAAGUAGUUUUCGAGCUUGAAGAAUCAAUCUUCGAAGAAACAAUCGACGAUGUCCUUUUUGAGUUUGUUUACUUAUAGAUGAUAUAACGAAUAACGGUCUAUCUUGGUCGUGAAACCCGAUUCGCUUGAAAUCGGUUUUCGAAAGAUGGUUUUCUUACUUUUAUUAAUGAGGAACUUAGAAUGUGGUUUUGGUGUGUUUUAUGUGAUUUUGGUCAUGUAGUUAAAAAGAUAUGUUAAUGAAAAUUAAUUUGUAACUAUUAGAAGCACUUUUGUCAA